CCUCCUCUGUUCUACUCUGUUUCUUUUCCCUGUCAAGAUAAUAAUAAUAAAAUGAACACUGAAUCAGUGCAUAUAGUCUCAAUAGGUACAUACAUAAUAAAUGACAACACCCGAGAGUGGAAAAAAAGAUCCGGCAUGGAAGUAUGCAACAAUGGUAAAUCCUGAAAAUCUAAGCAAGUUCAAGUGUAAUUUUUGUGGAAAAGAGAUGAAUGGGGGUGUUUUCCGAGUUAAGCAACAUCUUGUUGGAGGGUAUAGGAAUGUAAUUAAAUGUCCUAGAUGCCCAACUGAGGUUAGUAAUGAGGUGGCUGAUUAUAUGGCAAAAAAAAAGCAACUAAAGGAUCAAUUAAACUUGAUGCCUGACUUUGAUGAAAUGGUCAACGAAGAAGAUUUUGAAGAUGAGGAUGAUGUUGUAGAAAUCUCUCCACAUGGUAAACAGCCUGUUCCUAUUCAAGGUUCUACUCGAAAAACUACCUCUACAUCCAUUCAAUUGAAACCUAAAAAGCCUAGGAAGAUAGGGCCCAUGGAUUGUUUCUUCACACCUGAGCCAGAGUUAGUGGUGCAAAAAACAAAAGGCAAGGGAAAGCAAAUUAAAAUUGAUGAAAAUGAUCCUUAUAGAAAAGAGUUAAUGGAGAGGGCCUAUGUCAGAAUUGCAAGAUGGAUAUAUGAUACUGGAAUUCCGUUUAAUGUAGUCAAUAAUGAAAGUUUUGCACCAAUGAUUGAAGCCAUAGGACAAUUUGGUCCAGGUUUGAAACCACCAAGUUACCACAUGAUACGGAUUCUUUAUCUCAAGAAAGAAGUGAAUCAUGUCCAUAAGUUGAUGAAGGAGCACAAAGAGGAUUGGGCAAAGUAUGGAUGUUCUAUAAUGUGUGAUGGGUGGACGGAUAGGAAGCAUAGAACUUUGAUUAAUUUCUUGGUGAAUUGUCCUAGAGGAACCAUGUUCCUUGAGUCCAUUGAUGCAUCUAGUUACUCAAAGGAUGCAAACAAGAUUUUUAGCUUGCUUGACAAGUUUGUUGACAAAAUUGGAGAAGCUAAUGUGGUCCAAAUUGUCACCGACAGUGCUGCAACAAAUGUAUUGGCAGGGAAGUUUUUGGAGGCAAAGAGACCCCACUUGUAUUGGACACCUUGUGCAGCCCAUUGCAUGGAUUUAAUGUUGGAAGACAUUUUCAAAUUACCCAAUUUUAAGAAGACAUUUGAAAGGGCAAUUGGGGCACACGGUUAUAUUUAUAAUCGUCCAUCUUUGUUGAAUAUGAUGAGGAGUUUCACUCAAUUGAAGGAGUUAGUGAAGCCUGCUAAAAGCCGAUUUGCACCAGCUUUCUUAACUUUGCAAAGACUUUAUCAACAAAGGAACAACUUGAGGAAGAUGUUUACUUCGGAGGAGUGGACCAAAAGCAAAUGGGCGAAGGAGCCGCAGGGUAAGAAGACAGCUCAAAUAAUGCUAAUGCCUUCAUUUUGGAAUCAUGUUCACCUUGCCCUUCAGUUUUCAUGUCCUCUUAUUCAUGUGCUAAGAAUGGUUGAUGGUGAAGAAAAGCCUCCAAUGGGAUAUAUUUACGAGGCUAUGGAUAGGGCUAAAGAACUAUUGCAAAUGCAUUCGAUGGAAAGGAAGAGAAGUAUAAAGAGAUCUUUGAAAUCAUUGAUCAAAGGUGGGACAUUCAAUUGCAUCGCCCUUUGCAUGUUGCUAGGUUUUAUUUAAAUCCUAGUUUGUUUUACAAAGAUCCAAAUGCUGCAAAGGACAAAGAAAUCAUGACAGGCCUAUAUCAAUGUAUAUCAAGGUUGAUCCCAACAUUAGAGGUCCAAGACAAAGUUUGUGCAGAAUUAACUAAGUAUGAGAAGGCUGAAGGACUUUUUCAAAUUCCUAUGGCAAUUAGACAAAGAAGUACAAGGGUACCAGCUUCACAGCAAAAAAAGAAAUAAGCUUGCUCAAAAACGUCUCAAUGAUUUGGUGUUUGUGAAGUAUAAUAGAGCAUUGAAGCGUCGAUACAUGAAACGUGCCAAUAUCGAUCCCAUCUCUUUGAAAGAUAUUGAUGAGAGCAAUGAAUGGUUGAUUGGGAGGAUGGAAAAUGAGCUUGUGUUUGAUGAUGAUUCUUCGGGGUGGGAUGAUGUUGUUGUAGCUGCUGGAGUUGAGGAGAGUAACCAAAGAACUAGAUCAAGCACAACUAGGACAACACACCAACAUCUUGUAGAUGAAUGGGAAGAUGAAGAUGAGGCUGAAGAGGAGGAUGUGGAUGGAUACAAAUCCAAUGAUGAUGAUGAUGGAGGAGAUGAAGUUCUUCAUGUUGAUGAUGAUGUCUAUUAAGUUUUGAGUACAAUUAUGCAACUAUAGGACUUAUAUAUUUUAAUUUCCUUUUUGAACCACAAGUUAGAAGCUUAGUUGCAUUGAAUUAUGUGGAUGAUGAUUUUAGUACACAAGGUUUUUGGUGGAUGUGAAUGUCAUACUUUAUACCUUU